AUUGUAGAAUGGGCUUUGUCGUGAUUUCGUCAGUCAUACGUGAGAAAUAGAGGCUUUAAAUUCUUGUCACGUGUUUGCAUUGAUUACGUAAGCUGCAUUCAAUUACUCUGGUGCAUUGUUCAACUAUUUUAAAAAAUUUAACUGUUCUUAGGCAAAAGUUUGUCUAAAGGGUUUGCACAAUUUUAUAAGUUUAAUAACGUGAAUAUAUUAAAUUUUUCAUUAUGGCAAACAAGAUCAAAGUAGGAAUAAUAUGUGGCUCAGGUUUGGGCAAUUUUAUGGAAGAGACAUUUGUAUGUAGUAAUAUAUCGAAUCGUGAAGAUAUAGAAAACGCAUUUGGAUAUCCUACGAGUAAUCUUUAUCAUGGACAUAUCAAUGGAGUGGACAUUGUGUUAUUAUCUAGACAUGGCAAAGGACAUAUGAUUAGUCCUACUGCAGUCAAUUACCGUGCUAAUAUAGAAGCAUUGCGGCUUGCUGGAUGCACUCAUGUAUUGGCAUCUACAGCAUGUGGAUCAUUGGUUGAAUCUAUUGGCAGAGGACAAUUAGUUGUACCUGAUAGCUUCCUGGACAGAACCAAUUCUAGGAAAGGUACAUUCUAUGAUGGAACUUCUAGCAAGUACAAAGGAGUAUGCCAUAUGCCAAUGGAACCUGCUUUUGAUCCACGAACGUCGGAAGUUUUGUUACAAGCUGCAAAGAAAUUAGGACAUAAUGUACAAAAAGGUGGAACAAUAGUAACUAUUGAAGGACCACGUUUCUCCUCUAAAGCAGAGAGUAAAGCAUUACGUCUAUGGGGUGGACAUUUAGUAAACAUGACUACGUGCCCAGAAGUAUGCCUAGCAAAAGAAGCAGGUCUUUUGUAUGCAACUUUAGCAGUAGCAACAGAUUACGACUGUUGGAAAGACUGUGACGAUAUUGUUCAUGCGGCCGAUGUUAUAGUCAUAUUUAAACAAAAUGUUGCUAAUGUGUGGGACGUGUUACAAGAAGCAGUAAAAAUAAUUGGUUCGGAAGAUUGGGAGCAAGAUAUUUCUAAAAUUAAGGCACUAGUCCAAAGCAGCAACGUAUCGAGUAGCUAGUAUUAUACUAGGAUGGAGUACAAACAUGGAGUUUGUAUUUGUGAAAUGAAAUGAAGAAACUAUGUGCCACACAAUUUUUAAAUAUAUAAGACAGCAUAUUUGAUUUUAAACCGAUUUGAAAUGCAGCUAAUAGUCCAAUAAGAGAAUUGAGAACUAAUAAAGAUUCUUAAAUCACA